AUGGCAGAACAGCAGCAGAGGAGACAGAGGCUGCCCAAAUUUAGCUCAGAUGAGCUGGAGGUGCUGAUUGCAGAGGUGACCACCCAUAGGGACCAACUUUUCAGCCGUGCCCACAGAUUGUCACAGGGAGAUCGUGAUAAAAUAUGGCAGGAUAUCACUGCCAAGGUCAAUGCGGUCUCACGGGUCAAAAGGUCUGUAAAGGCCAUCAAGACACGUUGGGAUGACCUAAUGCGGCGUACCAAAGAGGUAGCCAAUUUGGCGAGAGCAGCACGCCAAAUUCGUGUUGGACCCUGCGGACCAGAAGACCUGACCCCAGAGGAAUGGAGAGUCCAUCAGGUCAUGCACCCUCAAUCAAUAAUUUGCAUGGGUGGAUCAGAUCCUGCAGACUUUCCAUAUUGGAGGUCAAUAAAGGAGGAAAGGGGAUGCACUGCAGGGGAGGCCGGACCAUCAGGAACUCAUGUCAUUUCCCAUGAGGAUGGAGCAAGAAGUUGGACACCACCCUCAGAAUCUCCCUCAUCCCCUCACAUGCCAUCCUCAUUGCCAGAGCCAUUCCUCUCUCACAGGGAUUCCUGCCCACCACCCAAGGACAGCUUGAUGAAUGAGUUUGACAGGCAACUGCUCGCUUCCCAAAACCAGCAGACUGCACUCUUGAGAGACUUUUGGGAAGGAUUCCAACCUCUCAUGCGGGACCUCAUACAGGCAACCCGGGAGCUAGCUCACGAAACUCACUUGGUUGCUCAGCAUACCCAUCAGGUGGCCCAGCAGACGAAGGGAGUGGCCGACAACACCAGAGAACUGGUGUUGCAGAAUCAGCGGCUGGUCCUUCACACCCAGGAAAUGGCUCAAAACAUUUCAGAGAUACGUCUGUCCAUGCAGCAGCACUUUUCCCAAACAACACCGGAGCCACUAAGGCUCACAAAGUCUGUGGUUGAACAACCAGAGCACACAGCAAGUUUGCUGGACCACUCUCCUACACAUUGUCCUCAGGCAAAGAGUCUGGGGCCUUCUGAAGUAGAGCAGCGUGAGAUACCUAGAUUGGCACAAACAAAGAACAACUCCAGGACCUUAGGAAAGAAAAGACGAUUAGUUUAG